AUGCCAGGUCCCCACCAGCUCGACCUAGCUGGUCCACCAGCUCGGCCAGGUCCCCAUCAGCUCAGCCAAGCUGGUCCACCAGCUCGGCCAGGUCCCCACCAGCUCGACCAAGCUGGUCCACCAGCUCGGCCAGGUCCCCAGCAGCUCGACCAAGCUGGUCCACCAGCUAUGCCAGGUCCCCACCUGCUCGACCUAGCUGGUCCACCAGCUCGGCCAGGUCCCCACCAGCUCGACCAAGCUGGUUCACCAGCUCGGCCAGGUCCCCAGCAGCUCGACCAAGCUGGUCCACCAGCUAUGCCAGGUCCCCACCAGCUCGACCUAGCUGGUCCACCAGCUCGGCCAGGUGCCCACCAGCUCAGCCAAGCUGGUCCACCAGCUCGGCCAGGUCCCCAGCAGCUCGACCAAGCUGGUCCACCAGCUAUGCCAGGUCCCCACCAGCUCGACCUAGCUGGUCCACCAGCUCGGCCAGGUGCCCACCAGCUCAGCCAAGCUGGUCCACCAGCUCGGCCAGGUCCCCACCAGCUCGACCUAGCUGGUCCACCAGCUACAACCAGCUUUGACCAGCUCAUAUCCAGCUUAAACCAGUUACCAGCUUGA